AUGGCCACUAGUUUGCAUUUACCAAUCUCGAUAUCAGCGACUUCUUCAUCGUCACUUAGAGCCAGAAAUACUCGAAAGUUCGCAGCUUUUUGUUCCAUUAACGCGAAAGCAAAAGUUAAAAUCCCCAUUCCUCCAAUAAACCCUAAGGACCCGUUUCUUUCAAGGCUCAGUUCAGUGGCUGCCAAUUCACCCGAAACUUUACUGAACCGACCUGUUCAAAAUUCUGACUCUCUUCCGUACUUGGAUUUGUUUGAUGAACCUAAGCUCAUGGCCACACCUGCCCAAGUGGAAAGAUCUGUUUCUUACAACGAGCAUAGGCCAAGGAAACCACCUCCAGACUUGCCGUCAUUGCUACUCCACGGGAGAAUAGUUUAUAUUGGCAUGCCUUUAGUACCAGCAGUCACAGAGCUAGUUGUUGCGGAAUUGAUGUAUCUGCAAUGGAUGGAUCCUAAACAACCAAUAUAUAUUUAUAUCAAUUCUACCGGAACCACUCGUGAUGACGGUGAAACGGUUGGCAUGGAAUCAGAGGGUUUUGCUAUCUAUGAUGCAAUGAUGCAGUUGAAAAAUGAGAUACAUACGGUUGCUGUUGGGGCUGCUAUAGGUCAAGCUUGUCUAUUGCUUUCAGCAGGAACUAAGGGCAAACGAUUCAUGAUGCCACAUGCCAAAGCCAUGAUCCAACAGCCUCGUGUGCCAUCAUCUGGGCUGAUGCCUGCUAGUGACGUUCUUAUUCGUGCAAAAGAGGUAAUGACAAAUAGGGACAUUCUUAUAAAGCUUCUGGCCAAGCACACAGGAAAUUCAGUAGAGGCUGUUACUAAUGUGAUGAGAAGACCAUAUUAUAUGGAUUCUACAACUGCUAAAGAAUUUGGGGUGAUUGACAAGAUCCUUUGGCGCGGUCAAGAAAAGAUAAUGUCAGAUGUAGCCUCCCCUGAGGAAUGGGACAAGAAAGCUGGUGUCAAAGUUGUAGAUGAACUUAGUCUCUAG